AUGGGUCUCUCAACCGUCUUGACGGCCUCUCUCCUGGCCUUGCGUCUAUUCGCGGCGCCUUCUCUUGCUGCACCAGCCCCGGCUGCCGAUACCAAGGCUGUGGUCGAGGCCGCUGCUGCGACAAGCUGGUGGCUUCCCAACAUUGCGCGAAACGGCAAUGUGCCCUUCUCAAGUGCUUCCGGCUACCCAGUCUAUCGCAACGUGCAAACCUAUGGAGCCGUGGGCGAUGGUGUCCACGAUGACACUGCAGCCAUCAACGCUGCUAUUAGCGCUGGAAACCGAUGCGGUAGCGGCUGCGACUCUUCCACCACUACGCCAGCCAUCGUUUACUUCCCUCCCGGCACCUACCUCGUCUCAGCGCCCAUUCAGCUUUGGUACUACACCCAGCUUAUUGGUGAUGCCACCAACCUCCCUACGCUCAAGGCUUCCGCCAACUUCGCCGGUAUUGCCGUCAUUGACUCCAACCCCUUCCGAACCACUCCCCAGAACAACUUCUUCCGCCAGAUUCGCAACUUCAAGAUUGACCUGACUGGACAGCCAGAGUCCACUGGUACCGGUAUUCACUGGCAGGUCGCUCAGGCUACCUCGAUUCAGAACGUUGUUUUCAACAUGAACACCGACACCUCCUCCAACAACAAGCAGCAGGGUAUCUGGAUGGAGGAUGGCUCUGGAGGCUGGAUGAGCGACCUCACCUUCAACGGUGGUGCCUUGGGCAUGUGGGUCGGCAACCAGCAGUUCACCAGCCGCAACCUCGUCUUCAACGGCUGCCAGACCGCCAUCUACAUGAACUGGAACUGGCUGUGGAGCUUCCAAGGCCUGACCAUCAACAACGCCAACGUCGGUAUUGACAUGAGCCAGAGCGGUGUCGGCUCCAUCUUGCUCUCCGACUCCAAAAUCUCCAACACAAAGGUCGGUGUGCUUACCGGAUACAGCACUGGCCAGAACGGCACCGCUGGAUCCCUCGUCCUGGAUAACGUAGAUAUGACUUCCAACACCCCCAUCGCUGUCAAGAGCACCGGCGGUGCCACCAUUCUCAAUGGCGGUGCUACUUUUGCUUCAUGGUCCCAGGGUCGCGCCUACACUGGCACCGCCGCCGGAAAGGCUGUUCAGGGCACUCGUGCCGCCGUCGGCAAGCCCGCUGCCUUGACUACCGGUGGUAAGGUCUUCACCAAGAGCAAGCCUCAGUACGAGACAGUCGCUGCCGGCAACUUUGUGUCCGUCAAGGCUCACGGCGCCAAGGGUGACGGUUCCACUGACGACACUGCUGCCAUCCAGGCCAUCUUCAACAGCGCCACCUCUGGCCAGGUCGUCUACUUUGACCACGGUGCCUAUGUCAUCACCGAUACCAUCAAGGUUCCCGCCAACAUCAAGAUUGUUGGUGAGAUCUGGCCUCUCAUCAUGGUUGGUGGUUCCAAGUUCAAGGACAUGAACAACCCCAAGCCCGUCUGGCAGAUUGGCCAGCCCGGCGAUACUGGCAAUGUUGAGAUUCAAGACCUCAUGUUCGAGACCAUCGGCCCCCAGCCCGGUGCCAUCAUUGUCGAAUGGAACGUUGCUGGCGCUUCUCAGGGCUCUGCCGGCCUGUGGGACGUCCACUGGCGUAUUGGCGGCUCUGCUGGCACUCAGCUGCAGUCCAACACUUGCACCAAGACUCCCAACCAGACGACUUCUCCCAACUCGGCUUGCUUUGGCGCUUUCUUGCUUCUGCACGUCACCUCUUCUGCUAGCAUCUACAUGGAGAACGCUUGGCUCUGGGUCGCUGAUCACGAGCUUGAUCUCUCUGACCACAACCAGGUCAACAUUUACAACGGCCGUGGACUUUUGCUUGAGAGCACCAAGGGUGCCUGGCUCUGGGGCACCGCUUCCGAGCACAACCAGCUCUACAACUACAACUUCAACAGCGCUCAGAAUGUUUACAGCAGCAUCCUCCAGACUGAAACCGCCUACAUGCAGGGCAACCCUGACGCCCGAGUUCCUUUCACCUUCAACUCCCAGUUUGCUGACCCUGACUUUUCCAAGUGCACUUCUGCCACCUGCGCUCGUACCUGGGGUAUCCGUGUGGUAAACUCCAGCAACACGUUCAUCUACGGCACUGGCAUGUACAGCUUCUUCAACAACUACGGCCAGGACUGUGUCGACGCCAACAACUGCCAGGACAACAUGAUUGACAUCCAGAGCUCAUCCGUCAAGCUCUUUGGUAUCAGCACCAAGGCCAGUGUCAGCAUGGUCAACCUUAACGGCCAGCAGGUUGUUUUCGACAGGGACAACCGCAACACUUUCUGCGGCACUGCCAUUUCAUAUGAGACGUCAUAG